AAUUACAGAAUUGAGUAAAGCGUCAUUUAUAAUGCACACAAACACACACCCAAACUUCCACGCAGUUUUUAUCAAGUUUUGGCCCACGUCAUAACCACGCAGUCUUUCGCAGUGGUUCAUUCUACUUGACAAACGCGUAUAUCGAAGUUAUCGCUGGCAAAAAGUGCAAUAAGUUCGAUUAAAGAACGGCGGGUUUUGAUUUAGUUGAGUGAAGACGUGACCGCACGCACUAAAGCGCAGUUCUAAAAGGGCAGAGCCGAGCAUAACACGACCACUAUCCCGUCAGGAAAUUUCUCGUAGGCUACCAUUGCGUGCAGUGGUAGUGUGCAAGUGUGCACUUGAAUAGCUGUCCACAUUACUAUAAGAAGCACUGGCUUGGUCUUCAUGGGCAACUGGUGCCCCGUGUAUUCGUGCGGACUCGUUGCCCAACUGACGGUUCGCGUUCUUGUCCAGUCUUGUUAACGUUUGGCUCCUCGCCACUGACGAGUCCCAUCCACCUCUAUCCGGCGGAGAACGGGGCGGUCCAGGCGCCACCACAAAGAAGAUCGCCACCAGUGCACAUAUGAUGCCGAUGGUUCCGCGUAUUCUCGUGCGCAUGCUGACCAGCAUGGCGAUGCUGCUGCUGUCUGCGGUGAUCGUGGUGUGCAUCCACAUGUACGCGCGCAGAGUGGCACCUGGCCACGAGUACGUUCCCCUGAUGGAGGGAGAGCUGCGCAAGCCUGACCCGCGCAGCCUCGAAAUUACGCUGGGCCCGCCGGACACAGAUACUCCGGCAUCUCACAGGGUGACACGAACGCGCGACGUAUCUGUGGUGGUGACAGAGUUCCACACAUCUUCGGAGGCACAUAGCUCUCCUCCAACACUGAAGAAUACCAAAGCACAAGACAAAAACAAAGCCAACUUGAAGCAGAAAGCGGCGCCGGAGGUGACGCGGAGGCUAACGGUAUCAUCACUUGCGGCACGGAAUUUGUCGCCACUCGUGAACACGGCGCCUUCAUUCAAGCAGGACAAAUGGAGACCACUCGCCACUCGCAAAGAUUUUCCGACCUUGCCUACCGACGGCGCCAAGGGCGACCUCACCUGCUCCGUCGUCCACAAGUCCUUCUGCAAGAAUGCCAGCGUGGCACUCACGGCGCAGUUCUUCUACGAUCCGGACGAAAAAUUGUGCCUGUCGGCGACCGUACACCAGGCCCACGUCUGCAACCGGAGUCCAAACCAGUUUGCCUCCCGGCAGGAAUGCGAGGCGGCGUGCGUCAAAAGCGCGCCGGCGCCCGAGCCUCGGUGCUCGGAGCGGCCGCGAUUCGUAGCGUGCACGGCUGCAGACGUCCGUCAUCCAUGGUGGUUCCACGAUGGCCACGAAUGCGCGCCGUGGUCCUUCGCAGCCGGCAGGUGCCCCGUCGCUUCGGCUCCCGUCUUCAGCAACAUGGACGAGUGCAGCGCGCAGUGCGGCGACGCCCAGAAUCGCCGGAUGCGGGGCUGCCUGCUUCCCGAUUCACAAACGUGCACGUUCCGGCAGCUUCGGCGACCGUUCUUUGCGGUGCCCAAGGGCGAAGAUGGUGGAGCGUUCGAGUGCCACAAGGUGGCGCCACAUUUUCUCGUCCGCCACCGCUGCAUCCUCGGCCCCAAUGGUUUCACCAGCUGGGAAGAGUGCGACAAGACGUGCCAUCAGCGCACGUUGCAGCGAUGAUAGCACUCGAAGCAGCUUUCUCGGUGCCGAGAGGAAGCAAGCCGCAGUCGAUGACGACGGCUCCUCUCCACGUUUAUGUAAUAGGGAAAAAAUUGAUUAGUUUAUA